AUGGUCCACGCCUUCCUCAUCCACACCCUGCGGGCCCCGCUUGCGGAGGACACAGGCUUCUGCCGAGUGCUCUACUCCUGUGUCUUUGGUGCUGAGAAGUCACCUGAUGACCCAAGGCCACAGGGUGCCGAGAGGGACAGGCUCCUCCGCAAAGAGCAGAUUUUGGCCGUGGCCAGGCAGGUGGAGUCUGUGUGCCAGCUGCAGCAACAGGCAUCCGGCCGUUCCCCUGUAGACCUGCCACCCCAGUCCUCAGAUGAGCCACCAUCCCUAUACGAAGCCCCACAUGGGGCCUUCCGCCUGGCAGCAGGAGACCCUUUCCGGGAGCCACGAACAGUAGUAUGGCUUGGCGUGCUCUCCUUAGGCUUUGCGCUAGUGCUGGAUGCCCACGAGAACCUGCUGCUAGCUGAGAGCACUCUCCGGCUGCUGACACGCCUCCUCUUUGAUCACCUCCGCCUGCUGGCCCCCAAUGCCAGCCUCCUGUUGCGAGCAGACCGCAUCGAGGCCAUCCUUGCCCACUUCCUGCCCCAUGGUCAGCUGCUCUUCCUCAACGACCAGUUUGUCCAGGGUCUGGAGAAGGAGCUCAGUGCUGCCUGGCCCCUCUGA